CACACACACACACACACACUGCAGGGCUUGUGUGCGCUGUUAUUACAUUCCGGUGCUCUGUCUUCAUCAAAGCCUGUUAGUCCAUUCUGGCAGACAGUACACGCACGCCCGAGUUGAAAUCUGAAAUCCAAAGUAUAGCACCCGGUUGUAGGUUGCGUGUAAUUCUAACAGGUUUUCUCCAUGGAGGACUAUCACAAACCCGACCAGCAGACUCUGCAGGAGCUGAGGAACAUUGCCAACCGGCUUAGGAUCAGCUCUAUCAGGGCGACUACAGCUGCUGGCUCCGGCCACCCAACAUCAUGCUGCAGUGUGGCAGAGAUCAUGUCAGUACUGUUCUUCCACACAAUGAAGUACAAAGCCCAGGACCCCCGCAACCCCAAUAAUGACCGCUUUGUGCUGUCCAAGGGCCAUGCAGCUCCAGUCCUGUACGCUGCCUGGGCUGAGGCAGACUAUCUGAAGGAGACAGACCUGCUGAACCUGAGGAAGAUCGACUCCAUCCUGGAAGGACACCCUGUCCCAAGGCAGGAGUUCGUUGAUGUUGCCACAGGAUCCUUGGGCCAGGGACUUGGUGCUGCCUGUGGAAUGGCCUAUACAGGCAAAUAUUUUGAUAAAGCAAGUUACCGUGUCUACUGCCUGCUGGGAGACGGAGAGCUGUCCGAGGGGUCAGUGUGGGAGGCCAUGGCGUUUGCUUCCCAUUACCAGCUGGACAACCUGGUGGCAAUCCUGGACAUCAACCGUCUAGGACAGAGUGACCCAGCCCCCCUGCAGCACCAUGUUGAGAAGUACCAGAAACGCUGCAAAGCCUUUGGCUGGAACACCAUUGUCUUGGAUGGACACAGUGUGGAGGAGCUCUGCAAAGCCUUCGGCCAGGCCAGGCAGCAACCGACUGCCAUUAUUGCAAAGACUUUCAAGGGGAAAGGAAUUGCAGUGGCUGAGGAUAAGCUGGGCUGGCAUGGGAAGCCUCUCAGCAAGGAGCUGGCUGAGCCAGUGCUGAAGGAGCUCCACAGCCAGAUACUGAGCAAGAACAAGAGGCUGUACCCCUCGCUGCCCGUCGACGACGUGCCAAACGUCAACAUCCGGAACAUCAGGAUGCCCAGUCCUCCGAGCUACAAGCCUGGAGAGAAGAUGGCUACGCGUAAGGCUUACGGUUUUGCUUUGGCAAAGUUAGGUCGUGCCAGUGAUCGAGUGAUUGCUUUAGAUGGAGAUACCAAAAAUUCCACCUUCUCUGAGAUGUUCAAGAAUGAGUACCCUGACCGCUAUAUUGAAUGCUACAUUGCUGAGCAGAACAUGGUGAGCGUUGCUAUUGGCUGUGCCACUCGGGACCGGACCGUGGCCUUCGUUAGCUCUUUCGCAGCCUUCUUCAGUCGUGCUUUCGACCAGAUCCGCAUGGCAGCUAUCUCUGAGAGCAACAUCAACCUGGUGGGAUCCCACUGCGGAGUCUCCAUUGGUGAGGAUGGGCCCUCCCAGAUGGCUCUGGAAGACCUGGCUAUGUUCAGAUCCGUUCCCACGGCAACUGUCUUUUACCCCAGUGAUGGAGUGUCUACCGAGAAGGCAGUGGAACUGGCUGCUAACACAAAGGGUGUUUGCUUUAUCAGGACCAGCCGUCCUGAGAACACUGUCAUUUAUAACAACAACGAAGACUUUCAAGUCGGACAAGCCAAGGUGGUGCAUCAGAGCAAGGAUGACCAUGUCACUGUCAUUGGAGCUGGCGUUACUCUGCACGAGGCCCUCGCAGCAGCUGAGCACCUCAAGAAAGAGAAAAUCAAUAUCCGAGUGAUAGAUCCAUUUACCAUUAAACCUCUGGAUGUGAAAUUGAUCAUUGACAGCGCCAAAGCAACUAAAGGACGUAUUGUUACAGUGGAAGACCAUUACUAUGAAGGUGGCAUUGGAGAGGCAGUGGCUUCUGCUGUAGCCAGCGAGCCUGGCAUUGUGGUCCAUCGUCUGGCAGUGUCCCACGUCCCGCGGAGUGGGAAAGCAGCGGAGCUGCUCCAGAUGUUUGGCAUUGACAAGGAGGCCAUAGUGCAGGCUGUCAAGAAAGCAAUAAGCAGCUCGGCCAAUGGAAAGUAGCUGAAGCACCACACCACACCACACCGUUUCUAAUAAUAAAGUGCUUACUCAAACCUUC